AUGGAAACCCCUGCAAGCAAACGUGGACAGACCAGCGAACCCGAGGAAAUUCAUGUCAAAGAGGAAACCCAAGUUGAAAGCGAAGGCCAGCGCCAUCUUGAAAAUAUUAACAACGAGCGUUUUCUUAGUGAUGGUACAGAUAGCGAUAGCAGUGAUGAUACUGUAAAGAGUUAUAAUAGACAAGCCACGACUCCUGUAUCAAAUACAUGUAACACCAAUGUGUCGGCUCUGCAAGAUCUCGAGAGAAGAAUGAACCAACUCGAAUCAGAAUUAAAAGAACGAAUUAUCGGUAUGCGAACGGAAUUCAAAACGAUGCAAGAGACCGAGCUAUCAAUUAAAGGGCAAGCAGAAUAUAUAACAUUUCUAAAAUCUCAGAAUGAACGUUUGUGGUGAUGGAAAAUAGAGAGCUACAAGAGAAGUCGUUCAAUCUAUCAUAAUAUCGUUUCAGAUCUAAAUACCAAGUUAAAAGAGGCAGAAAAUGACAAACUCAGUCUUGUAACUUCCAUUAAAAUUCUACAGACAGAAAUACCUGAGAAUGCGGCCAAUAACCACACUAAAGCUGGUAAUACAAAAGCAACCGGUCAAAAGGAAACGUUUGACGACGAUAUUCGUCUAGUUUAUGCUAGUAAGCCAAUGCCUGCCGUGCACAAGAAAUCGGUAUAG